GAUCUUUAUAACCUUCAUGAUCAUAAAUUAACACAUGAAAUCGAAAUUUAAAAAAUGGAAAAUAUUGCUAAGAAAUCGUUUUUAAUUAAAGAUAUACAAAUUAAAAUUGAAAGAUUAAACACAGAAUUAAUUAUAGAUGAUGAAAAUAUAAAAACAGAACUAGAUGCAGAUUUUAUAGUGAAAAAUGAAGAAUUCGAAGAGAGUGAUUCAGAUAAAGAAGAACCGGUUCGUACGACAAAAAAACGUUUCUCGUGUGAUAAUUGUGAUAAAAUUUACACCACUAAAUACAAUUUAUUAAGACAUCAGAGAUGUCAUACUGGAGAAAUUAUUGAAAAAAUCCCAUGUAAUAUUUGUAAGAAAUUAUUCAGCACUAAAAGCGUUAUGUACCAACACAAAAGAAUUCAUACAGGGAAAAAACCGUUUUCUUGUGACGUUUGUGAGAAAAAAUUUAUAGAUAAAUCACAUUUAGUUCUACAUAAACGAACUCACACCGGAGAGAGGCCAUAUUCUUGUGAUAUUUGUGACAGAUUAUUUGUGAGGAAAGGUGAUUUAGAUGCUCAUCAAAUAGUUCAUACUGGAGAAAAAACAUUUUCUUGUGAUGUUUGUGGAAAACUUUUUGGUCGCAGUUGUAGUUUAUCUCAACAUAAAGUAAUACAUUCAAAAGUUUUUCGAUUUUCAUGUGAUGUUUGUAAUAAAAAAUUCAUUCAUCGAUCAAGUUAUAGUCGACAUAAAUCAAUUCAUAUUCAUGGAAAAAUUCUUGUAUCUUGUGAUGUUUGUGGUAAAAAAAUAGCGGAAAAAUAUCUGGCUAAACAUAAACAAAUACAUCUUGAAGAAAAACCUUUUGCAUGUAAUAUUUGUGAUAAAAAAUAUGUAGACCAACGACCAUUGCUUGAUCAUGUAAGAUCAGUGCAUACUAAAGAAAAACCUUUUAAAUGCGAUGUUUGCGAGAAAUCCUUCUCAACGAAACGCAAUAUACUACAACAUAAACUCGUACAUAUUUCAAAACAGUAUGCAUGUGAUGAAUGUGAUAGAAAAUUUACCCAACGGGCUCAUUUGGUAACACAUCGAGUAAUCCAUACUGGAGAAAAACUUUUUCCAUGUAAUUUUUGUGAUUAUAAAUUUAGCUUGCGACAGAAUUUAAUUCGACAUUUAAAACCUUUCUCAUGUAAUAUUUGUGACGAAAAAUUUAAUUGUCGAAUGAGUUAUUUGAAACAUAACCAAACGCAUAAACCAAAAAAGUCGUCUUCAGGUAACGACAUUUCUGAGAAUUUUGACGAACAAAUAUCUGAUGAUUCUGACAAAAAAAUCUCUAACAAAUAUAAUUUAAGACAAUCUCAUUUGAACAAUGCGGAGUAAUAAAUAA